AAUAAAAAAAUAAAAAGCGGAAAAGCCGCUUGAACCAACCGACAGACAAGGGGAAGCAUUGAGGUUGUUUUCUUGGCUUGGAAUUGAAGGGAUAUGAAUAGGUAUGGCAGUUAGAACCACUCUCUCUUCCGCUCUUUCACUCACUACUCAUUCUCUCUCUCUCUUGUUAUUUUCUCACUCUCUCUCACACACAUGUUUAUUAUAAUAAACAUUUACAUUAAAAAAAAUUCACAUCAGACAAUAUCACUGGAUGUACGGACAUCCUUUGCCUAUAGCUUUGUGUUGUUUAGAGUCGGCGGCGCCACCACUGCAUGGUCGUGGAAAAAGUCUCUUACCCUUCACCCUCCUUCCACUUGUCACACAAUUAUACAUUAUGUACUCUCACUCCUCUCAAUGAAACUCUCUCUCUCUCUCGUCCACAAAUUUCACACGAACCAAUACUCCAACUAAAAACAAGGAGACUAGUCGUGCCUCUUAUUGUUAUUAUUAUUACCAUUUGUAUUUUAUCACCAUACAACUCAACACCACCUUUCACUACAAGAACAAACUCCUCCUCUUCUUGUCUCUUCCAUCAUCACAAUUUUCAUUCAUUACAUUAUUAGCCCAUAUUCACCACUAUACUACUAUCUUUCGUCUUUGUUUUUCUUUUUCUUUUUUUUGUCUCUAUUUACUUCAAAAUACUACAUAAAAAAAUUGGUGGGUUUGUUUUUGUAUAUAGAUAUAAGAUUAUAUUAAUUAAUUGAUAGAUGUUUGUAUGGCUUUGAUUGUGGACCAUCAACAACAAACAAACUUGAAGCACUUUUGUAGAAUUUGCAAGAAAGGGUUUGGAUGUGGGAGAGCAUUGGGAGGGCACAUGAGAGCUCACGGAAUAGGCGACGAGAGCGGUCACCUUGACGAAGAUGACGCUGCCAGUGAUUGGGAGGAGAAGAUGGCCGCUGGCGACGUUCCUCCGAGCAACAAGCGAAUGUAUGCCUUGAGAACCAACCCAAACAGGCUGAGGAGCUGCCGGGCGUGUGAGAAUUGUGGCAAGGAAUUCAUGUCUUGGAAAUCUUUCCUUGAACACGGUAAAUGCAGCUCCGAAGACGCCGAGCCCUUCCUCUCCUCGCCGGAGUCCGACGGCGAUGAAACCGGCCGCGGGAGGGGCUGCAACUGGUCCAAAAGAAAAAGAUCGUUCAGAGCUAAGGUGGGGAAUUUGGUAAAUAACUCCUCUUCUCAUUGCCCUUCUAGUGAGGAGGAAGACUUAGCGAACUGCUUGAUGAUGUUAUCUAAUGCCGCCGUUGAUCCUUUAACGGCGGCUGAGCCGGAGGAGUCUUGCGCUUCGGCGAGCAGAGAAGAAGAGCAAAUUCGAAAAAACUCUAUCAACUUCAACAUUGCACCGAUCUCUUUUAGGCUGCCGGUUGAGGAUAAUAAUCUUAAUGACAUUAAUAUUAAGGCAAAAGCAGUCGCCAAUGGUAACUUGUUCGAGUGCAAGGCAUGCAAAAAAGUCUUUAAUUCCCACCAAGCUUUAGGCGGACAUAGAGCCAGCCACAAGAAAGUGAAAGGCUGUUUCGCUGCCCGGCUAGACAACGUCCAAUUAGACGACACCCUCGCCCCCUCCAUGGCCGACGACGACGCCAUCACCCAGGACGAGCUUUUCCCCACCAAAUCAAAUUCAACCCUACAAUUGGAUCAUCACCGCUCCAACUCCCCACUAGCCUCCACUUCCAAACGAAAAUCCAAGGUUCACGAGUGUUCAAUAUGUCACCGGAUUUUCUCUUCCGGACAAGCUUUAGGUGGCCACAAAAGGUGCCAUUGGAUCACAUCCAACACUGCAGCAGCAGACACUUCCGCGGCUCUGGCUAAGUUCCAACAGUUUCAAGAAAGCAUGGAACUACAAAUUCAUCAUCACCAAAGUAGCACUCAUCAAAGCCGGCUUCGGCGGCCCAAAUUCGAUAGCAAUGCGGAUCAUCACGAUCAAUAUCAAGCCCUUGAUCUGAAGCUCGACCUGAAUUUGCCGGCACCGGGAGGUGAUAUGGCAAGAGCCAGGAGAGAUCACCAUGGGAUUAAUAGACCGGUAGUAGUACCGAGCUUUGAGGUGUCAACAGAGAUUUACUUGCAGCCAUGGAUGGGGCCAGCGAAAGAUGAUCAUCGGAAAGAUAAUCAUCAACACCAGAAUGAAGUUGACAAUUACGUGAUUCACAACGAAGAGUACAAAAACAACAACAGCAAUAUUAUUAUUAACACAAACAACAACAACAACAACAAUACUACUAAUAGUAAUGGAACUUAUUCAAUGCAGAAUAACAUUAUGGUGGAAGAUGAAGCUGACAGUAAGGUGAAGUUAGCAAAGCUAAGUGAGCUUAAGGAUAUUAACGUCAGUGAGGGUUCCUCUCCCUGGUUGCAGGUAGGGAUUGGUUCAACUACAGACGUUGGAGUUGGCCCUUAAUAAAAAGUGAGAACUUUCUCCAUCAAUUUUCUCUUCUUCUUUCCAUUUUUUUGGUUGUUAAGAAACUGUAUAUUUAGAGUACUUAAUAGUUCACGUAAUUGAAUACUUUAUUAUUCUUGUUGUUAAGUUACUUUAUUAAUGUAAAUUUUGGUGGGGUCAACGGGCCCAACCUGAUCAA